GUAGUAAUAUGGUAUGUAACUAUGGUUCAUAUACGAUUUUAUUCGGUUUUUCAGUGGGUAUUUUUCUAUAUCAAAUACAAGUCGGAUCAUUGUUUUUAUAUGGAGAAAAAAGUACUUAGAACAUCGCUGAUACCGGCUUUUUAGGUGCAAUUUGGCGUAAUUGGAUGGGUUAUGAAUCUUUUAUUUUUACUGAAAAAUAGACAAAAUUGGGUUAUUUCAUGUAAUAUAGGCUUUCACUAGGUUUUUUAUACAAAACAAAAUUCUGCCACGAGAUUUAGCGUGGCCGAUUACUUAUGUUUCCAUUUAUUUUCGGUAUUGCCACACCUUAAGAAAUGUUGAUCCUGGGAAUCUCAGAAAAUCCGAUGCCGCGCCAGAGCAGCAAAAAAUUAAGGGUCUCCUUAGUUUCCGUUUUGAAGAGGACACUUUGGACUAUCUAUCUAUGAAGAAAGAUUGACCUAUUUCUAUGUUAGUUCUGACAGAUCCAAACUGGUUUUCCAAAGAUGUGCGCAAAAUCCGGUCUUUGAACUUGUUCAAAAAUCAUUUCUGCUUAUGAAAAGAUGCGUACAGGUGUUGGCUAUUCAAAACUGAAAACUACAAGUCUCUAUCUACUUCCGUUACGAAGUUAUCCAAAAAGCAACCGCCCGCCUUGUGUUUUGAAACGAAUAGUAGUGCCCUGUUGUCACCACAGUGAGUGCAUUAAUAGUGCUCUAAUGACAGACAUUUCAUUUUGACAACUUUGUCCUCUUGUUGAAAAUAUGCCGAAAAACUCCACAAAAUACUUGCUGUAUUUAUGAGGCUUACUAAGAAAUAACACGAUACAACACGACGUAGGUUGCACUGCUUUUACCUUUAAGUUUUUUGGUAUUUUGUAUGUUCCUUGUUACGACUGUCAAAUUGUUUUCGUUUAUAAUAUAACUAAAAUAUAAAUCUCCCGCUAUAUACAUAUGUUACGGAUAAACUUCAAAUUUGAUCAAAUUUUAAAUUUAUCCGCUCAAAAUACAAAUUUAAGGCUUGCCCAGAGUUUAUUCAGCCAGAAUCUAAAUAAGAACAUAAUGCUGUGAAGAUCCAUGAAAAAAUUAAUAUUUUAUAAUUAUUCCCUUGUAGUUAGGAUCAUAUAAAGAAAAAUGUAUGUUUGCUAAUACGGACACGUCAAAAAAUCAAUAACUUUCAAGAGAAAUGGUGCAGAUGGCGAAUUCAACACGAAUAAUUUAAUGGUACAACAGGAGGAUCUCCAGGGGAUCUUGCAGAAUAUUGUGAGAAAACUAUAGCAAGAUGAAUACUGGCUAUUGAAUUAUGAAAAUCUCUUGAACCCUAUGGUUAAACGCGCUCGUGUUUUACGAUUUUCAUUCUUCUAGUACAUAUUUUAACAAAAAUAAUAGCAGAUUCGUGAUCUCCAUCAAAAACUGAAUCUAUAGACAUGUCAUUUGUAUAUUUUUGACGAAAAACAAGUUUCAAAAAAAAAGACCCGGUUUUCUGUAAAAUCAGUCUUUCAGAAACUCUAAAAAGUAAUCAAAACCUUUUUUUUAGUGAGCCAUGAUUGUAGCCUGCAGUUUUCUGAUUAAAAUGAGACAUAUCCCAGCUCUGCACAAUCUCUCUUUGCACAGUUAUAGAAUUUACAAGAAAAGCCCUAAAUUAAUUCUUUCUUAUUUCUGUAGCUUUGAACUGACAACGAACAUUCGGGACUUUUCUUGUAAAUUCUAUAACUUUGCAAAGAAAGAUGGUGUAGAGCUGGGAGACAUCUCAUUUUAAUCAGAAAUUUGCAGCCUACAAUCAUGCCUCAUUAAGAAAGUUUUUAGUUAUUUUUUAAACUUUCUAAAAUACUGGUUUUUCAGAAAAACGGGUCUUUUUUUUGAAAACUUGUUUUUCGUCAGAAAUAUACAGAUGACAUGUCUAUAGAUUCAGUUUUUGAUGGAGAUCACGGAUCUACUAUUAUUUUUGUUAAAAUAUGUACUAGAAGAAUGAAAAUAGUAAAACACCAGCGCGUUUAACCAUAGGGUUCAAGAGAUUUUCAUAAUUCAAUAGCCAGUAAUCGUUGUAUGGACUUAUCGAUUAUACUCAUAAAUUUAAUUUUUAAUGGGCAUUAAUUUGGUACAUAAUACUCUGUGAUAUUAUUUGUAGUUUGAGCGGUACCCCCCUGGAAAAACGUUUUUUUCGACCCUGUACAAUGCCAUUUUCUUGACGUUCCUACGAAAAUGGCACCCUCGAUGAAUGUUGCUUCAUCCAAAAAUGAGUAGAGCCGAAGAAAACGAAAUCUGAUGAAUACUUUUUCUUUAGCCUUGCUCAGAAAACAUGACAGCUAUCUUUCUCCAUUCAGCCCAGGUAACAUACAGAGGUGGCUAGCGUAGGUGCAUUUGGUAUUGAUUCAGCGUUCUGCCAUUGCUUUACCUGAAUUUCCUAACUCAUUCGAUCCGUCAAAGAAUGUCUUAAAGAGAAGCAUGUAAACAGAAGAAACGAAAGAAACAUUAACAACUGAUGAAUCUGUUUUUUUAACAAUUCGAAAAAUCCAAUAUGAAUGCCGAAAAGCCAUGUUACAUAUAAACUUGUUUUUAUAGUUAGAGAAAACUCAUAUCACUAGGCAGAUUUGAAAAGUAAAAUUUAUCGUUUCUACUUAUGUCUAAAAUGCAAUCGCAGUUAGAAUUGUUACUCGACGAAAUUCUGCUCGAAAUUUGUGAUUACCUAAAAACGUUCAAUGUUAUUUAUAUAUUCGUUCACAUCACUAAAUAAACAAAUAAAUCGAACAAUGACCAAGUAUAUUCAAUGUCGUGAUUUAUCGAAUAUAUCUUUCAAAGAGUUCAACUAUUUUUGUAAAGCUGUUUUACCAUCCAUUAGUCAUCAUGUUCGUAUCUGUUUUUUGUAUCUGUUGUUUGUAGUGCUUUCGUAUCUGUUUUUACAAGGCCUUCGUAACACUAUUAAUCGGGUCAUAUCCUCUCUAUGAAAUAGCCAGUCACUAAGAUCACUAACAGGGCUUUUGUAAGACUCCUUUACACGGCUUUCAUAAGGGAGUCUAUAUGUACUUUUUAUCCCAGAUAUAAAUGAUAAUGCUGUAUUAUUACAGGGCUUUCUUGACGAAUGCUACUUCUCAUUGUAAAUGAAAGAGAAAACAAAUAGAAACAGUAAGAGUGAAUGAGUACAAUCACACAUCAUUUCAACUUGAAAAGUAAAUAUACACUUCGUUACAAAAGCCCUGUAAAAGACUGUUACGAAAGUCCUGUUAGAGAACAUUAAUCUUCAGCUAUUUUACGGUAAAAAGUACACACAGAAUUCGUUGCGAAAGCCCCGUUAAAGAGUGUUACGGAAGCCCUGUCAUAGCAUCUACUUAGACGGUAAUCCCUUUGCAUUAUCGCUACGAAAGCCCUGUUUUUUUAAUUUAUAUCUUUUUAACGUGUUACGAAAGUCUUACUUUCUACCGAGCUUUCGUAGUGCCAGAGGUCUGAAUAAAACCUGACCGUAUUAUUCAGUGAGAAAAUUGAUAUUAGUAAACAGUUUGUCCAUUUAGAAUAUUUGAAAUUAAUCGUAUGUAACGCCGAUGAAGCUCCAUUAGACGUUUAGGAUACUGAGUAUUUAUCUUGUUUAAAGAUUCCUUAGUCUUCGUUUGAUAUUGCUUAUCAAGGGCUAUUUUAGUUGUCUGCUAUCAGCCAGAGAUAGUUUAAAUUGAUCAUUAAUUGUGAAAGAAAAAAAUCAGUAACGCUGGAAGUCUACUAUGAAAUCAGUCUGACUCAUGAUCUAUUUUUCCGCGUUGUUUUAAUCUUCUUUAGAAAAAUGUCAUCGGACAUAAUUAAAUAUGGCUUAAUUAUCUUGGUAACAGCGGUGUUGGCAAAAGUUUUUAGCCAUCCUUCUCGAUCCAGAAAUAUUUGAACAUAAUUUUCCUUUUGAUUCUAUUACACAUCAUACAGAAUAUCAAGACAUUAUUGCUGGAUUAUAUGCUGUAUUCAAUAUACCUGGUCUUAUUGAAGCCGAUCAUACACGUAUUGAUUUAAAUAAAAAAGAAAUUUAUGAAACAUUUGAACAAUAACCAAACUCUAUUAUCGUUUAUGUGUUCGGUCAUCAAAAUGGUCACCGAGAGGAUGUUGUGGCAUUCGACUCUAUCAGAAAAGCUUAUCUGUUUAAUUCAGAUUCAUUGGUUCUUGCAUUAAUGAUUUAUCAAAAAAUCGAAAAUAAGACUAUGAAGGGGAAACAACUCUUCUGUUACAGAAACUAACUGAUAUGAAACCUCUUCAUAUACGCUUUUUAGACCAAAUUAAUGUUGAUAAUCCGCAAGAAAAGAAAAAUUUAAAAGAGAAAUUGUCACAAUUAAUUACUGAGCAUAUUCAACAAAAUGAUAUUAAAUUAAAUGUUGAAGAAUUACAAUCGCUGAAAGCAGCUAUCAAAGGUUGA